UACAUUCUGAAUUUGUAAGGUUAUGUACUCGAAAAUCCCAAUAUUUAAACUUUAGUGUUAAUUGUUAAUACAUAAUAUUAUAUUAAUUGUUUUAUAUCAUAUCGAGUCCAGUUCGAUAUUAGAAUAUUUUUCUAUGUAAUUAAUCAUCGUCUGGUCUGUAAUUAAAUUUGCUAGCGUGUAAACCUAUUUGGUAGCUAUAAUGUUGUGCAAUAAAAUACUGAAUCUGGCAAGCAAAACUGUUCAAAUCAUACCCAAAAACCGAAUAGCUGCUGCUGCAUUGAGUCUAAAGGUGCGGUCGUUUUCGACCCCAGUCAGUCAAGAAUAUGUUGUCGACAAUACGAUUACACACAAGACGUUUUCUGACAGCAUAAUACAAACGGUCAACGAAGCCGUAAAAAACAAUAACCGAUUGUUUGCAGUCGUACACAUAUGUGGUAAGCAGUUUAAAGUUACUGACAACGAUCUGGUGCUCAUAGAUGGUUACUGGCCGCCAAGUGUCGGAGAUCGUAUUAAAUUGCAGAAAGUUCUAUUGGUUGGUGGUAAAGACUUCACGCUAAUCGGCAGGCCCGUUUUAGACCCAGAAACUGUGGAAGUCACCGCGACGGUUGUUGAUAAAGACCUGUCUCACACUAGAACAAACUUCGAACGUAUCAAACGUAAACAAUACAUGAGAAUCAACUUUGUACGAAAAGAAAUUACAAUGCUCCGGAUCAACUCUGUACUUAUAACACAAAAUAUUGAUAAUAGAAAAGAUGUUCAGGAAAUGGGAAGACGUACAAUGUAAACACAGUUUAGAUUUUAUACUGUACAAAUUGAUUGUAGUUAAGAUAUACAUUUAUUUAAUAAAAUAUGAUAUACAUACUGUUUUAUAACUAA